AUGAUUGAUCAGUGGAAUGAGCAGUCGCUCAAAUUAUCACAGACCAUUCGCUCAGCCAAAAAGACCGCAUCUAGUUCAGUUCUGAACUCAAGCAUUCAUCAGUCAUCGAAUCUGAAUACAGCUAACGACAAUAAUGAUGCAGUCAAGAAUAGUGAGUCAACUAAGCAGUCAUUGAAUGAGGAGUCUGCGUCUGCAGCCAUCGCACUGACUCCUUCAUCUCCAUUCAACAUCGAAGUGGAACUAACUCAAGUCGAAAGUCCAUUUCUACCACAACUUCAUUUAUCACUCCCAAUUUCGAUGAAUGGUGCAGCAAUAGUGAUUCGUGAUUUAAUCGAUAGUAAGGGAAUGGUGCAUCCAGAUAUUGGCUCUAUUAUCGCGUAUGCAUUAUCCUCAAAUGAAUACGGAAGCAAACGUAAGAAGAUGCGUGAUAUGCGAUCUUUUGAUGGGGUUGCAGUGAAUCUCAAGACCAAUCCAACCGAGAGUGAUAUUGUUGGCAAUUACGAGCACAUUGAGGUGGAU